ACAGCUGGUCACGACCAAAUCAGGUCUGUUUAUCUCGUGAAAUAAACAAAUAAAGCUUUUUUUUAGAGAUGGAGUUAAAUGAAAAUAUAAUAAUUAAUGGCGAAAAAUUGUGCCGCCUAUGCGGGGAUAUACAGAAUAAUUGUAUACAAAUCUUUGGGGAUGAUAGCCGAAGUAUUAUUAAUUUAGUGGAGCGUACGCUGCGGUUGUUAAAUAUUAAGUUUACUGAUAACACCUCGUUUCCAAAUUGGUUAUGUGUGGCCUGCCAACUGGCUGCUGAAUCUACAGAAAGGUUUAUUUUUACGGUAGAGGAAGGGCAGCGUAAGUUGCACCAGCGAUAUAAUCAGAAUUUGGAAGAAUCGACGAUAUCAGUAGAAAUAGAGAUCCAAUUACCAGAAGAAAUUGCUUCGGGUAAAAAACUGAGGAACGAAAAAUAUACACCAAAGAACACGCAAACUUCAAGAAAAUACCCCAGGCGCAUAAGGAAGCAAAGAAAACGUUUUCCGUGUGACCCUAUCCCUAUCCCUGACACAGAAGAAGAUUCAUUGUCAUUUGCAUCGGCAUCACAAUGCGACGACGCAGCAAAUGUGGACGCUGGUACACUUAUUAAUAUUGAUCCAAUAGCCGAAUUACGUUCCGGAAAUGGCGCUUCUUUGGCAGAAAUAAUUGCGGUCGAUACGAAUGUAGAUAUCAAUUCAACGUCUAUCGAACCAAAAAUUCGCCUGAUUUGUGAAUACUGUAAAGAAGUAUUUACCAAACAACAUACAUUUUUAAAACAUUUACGUAUACAUAAUGAGUCUAUUUACAAAUGCACUGAAUGUUCAAAGGACUUUGUAAUUCUUACUGAAUUAAAGCAACAUCAGAGGUUUAGCGACCACAGAGGAACAACCAUACUAACAAAAAAUAAAAAAAAUGCUCAAGGAAAUCUGUUGACAAGUGAGAAAACGGAAACAACUAUUAACAUUAUUGUGAAUGAUGAAGGACAUAUCACAUCUAUUGAUUCAGAUAUAAAUACUAAAGCAAAGGAAAAGGCUAAUACCAACAAUUCUUCAGCUUUUGCGGUAGAGCAAGCGGAGGAAAAUGAAUCAAAACUACCGCAAAAUAGUAAUGCAUUCAAGUGUUUAAAAUGUAAUAAACUUUAUAAAACACGGUAUUCGGUUUUACGCCACCAUAAGCAGAUCCAUAUAGGAGCACGGGCAUAAUGUCAGCAUUGUACUGCUAGUUUUAAGCACGCAACGAACUUGACUUACCAUAUGGCUAAACACACAGGUAUUAAAAACUAAUGCAAAAUUUGCGCUAAAGCAUUCGUGCAUAAAAAUGAGUUGACUUUGCAUAUGCGGACUCAUACAGGAGAUAAACCCUACAUAUGCGAGCACUGCCCAAAGGCGUUUGCGCAUCGUUCCAAUAUGGUUACGCAUAUGCGACUACACUCCGGUCAAUUGCCAUUUCAGUGUGAAACAUGUGGCGCUAAAUUCAACAGCAGCUCUCAUUGGAAACUUCACAAACAAAUGCAUCUUAAACAUGCGCAACGGACUGUGCACUCAAGAUUGAAUUCCCAAAAAGAUAAGCUAGGGAGAACCUCAAAAGAGAAACAAAGUGUCGUUAAUUUUUCUUCAGGCCAAUCAAUCGGUUCUGGACAAAGUUCAACAGCAACAUCAUCGUUGCUCCGACCAAAAGUUACAACGGUAAAAUCUGUUGAAAUAUUACCACCCAUUACUGCACUACCUUGUCCUAGCCAAGUAGUAAGUAAGGAUGAAUUGAAGAAAUUGGUUCUUAGUAACUUGCCAUCUAAUCAAAAGGAACAUUCUGCCGCCACGGCAUUAAAAUUUCGGUGUGGACAGUGUUUACAGCGGUUUAAACUUAAAUCUACAUUGACAAAGCAUCUACGCACCCAUACAGGUGAAAAACCAUAUAAAUGUUCACUAUGUCCGCGCACAUUUGCCGAUGCAUCAAAUUUUAAGCGCCAUAAGUCGCUACAUAAAACAGCUACAGAAGAGUUACAAAAUGUCAGUAAGCAAUAUAAGAGCUUGAAUUUAUUACACGAAUUUCAGCGAGAUAAAGUAAAGUCAUUUCCUGUUGUGAGUAUCUCACCGACUCAUAGCGUAGCAUCUGAUCCUGAUCCAGAUGGCUUGGAAGCCAUUAGACGAGCAAACUCUAAUUCACCAAGAAGCGCUGGGUAUCCAGCUGAUGAGGAUGAUACCAUUUUCGUUGCGCUAAACCCAGAAUUAAAAAAAUCAAAUCAACAGAAGCUGAGCAGAAGCUGUCCAUCCUCAACUAAAAACCUCCCUGCGGCUCCAAAAUCCUCGCCAAAGCUAGUUUGUAUUUCUUAUCCUAAUCCAGCAAAUCCAAAUGAUAAUAAAAUGACCACAUUUUAUGUGUAAUUUUUUGAA